CUUGAAUUUGAUGAUAAACGAAGUCGGAUCGAAUUUGAGACAGCAAAAUCCGAUCCGAUGCGAACUCUACCCGCCGCUCCCUCUUUUUAACACACGCCACGUGCCCACGAGCAUGAUCUAGCAACUGAAAUCAUAACGGAUAAAAAUGAGGCAAGCUUAGGAGUUAGGGAGGCCGUAGAAUCUCAAUCUCCAUACCCAUCCCGCCAUUUGUAACCGGUUAACUGUCUGAGCGUCAAGAGCAUGGCACUGCCACUCUUUGCAGUGCUAGGCACCAUUUGCGGUUACCCAAUCAAUAUAAUUCGAAAGAGGAACGUUUAUUUCAAAGUAUCAUCCUCGAUUGAAGACCAUAAUCAAUCGAGAGUCAAGUACGAUUCUCUUAGGGUUCUUGAAUGGGACAAACUCUGCGAAUCGGUUGCCUCUUUUGCCCGCACGUCCUUGGGUCGUCAAGCCACUAAGACCCAGCUUUGGUCUCUCAACCAAACGUUCCAAGAGAGUUUGAGGCUUUUACAAGAAACCAAUGCUGCAAUCCUAAUGCACAACGAUGGCUCUUUUAACUUGAACUUGACUUCCGUCGACCUUGCUCUCGUUGGAUCUGCCAUCAAACAUGCCCGGAGGGGCUUACCUUUAGAAGCAAACGAAGCAAUGGCUGUUCUAUCUCUUCUACUGUUUAUUGAAGCUUUGCAGCUUAAUUUAAAAAUUACAAUCAAGGAAGACUCUGAUUGGUAUAAACAAUUCAUGCCGCUUAGUGAAUUGAUUGCACAACUGGUUGUAAACCGACCAAUAAUUAAGUUGAUUCAGCAAGUUAUAGAUGAAGAUGGCUCUGUUAAAGACUCUGCGAGCUCUGCCCUUAAGAAAGCACGGGAUCAUGUGCAUAUACUUGAAAGAAAGUUGCAUCAAUUAAUGGACAAUCUAAUUAGGAACGAAACAAAAGAGGCAUCCUUUCUGGAGGCAAGUAAUAUUAAUGGUAGAUGGUGUAUAACAUCUGGGACUGAUCAAUUGACAAGUGUCAAGGGUCUUCUAUUGUCCAGUGGUUCAGGACUAGGAAAUAUUAUAGAGCCACUUGCAGCUGUUCCUUUGAAUGAUGAGUUACAACAAGCAAGAGCAUUAGUGGCAAAGGCUGAGGCAGAUGUGCUUUUGACGUUGACAGAAAAGAUACAAAUGGAUCUCGAUGAGAUUGAAAAGAUCUUGAGAAGUGUAAUUCAAUUGGAUGUGAUCUAUGCUCGUGCAACUUAUAGUCUUUCAUUUGGAGGCACAUAUCCCAAUAUAUUCCUGCCAGAAGACAUCGAUGAACCUUUAGCUGAAUCCUACAGCUCAAAGGACAAAACUUUACAGGCAUCAAAUCCAAAAAAAGAAUGGAUUUUUUAUCUACCUAAAGCUUAUCAUCCUUUAUUACUUCAGCAGCAUAGGCAAAAGCUGCACAUGGCUGGGAAGGAGGUCCGCAAUGCUUCUUCUGAACUCAGGAGAAGAAAACUGCAGGGAGAGAAUAUGGCAGUCAAAGGAGAAGCAGAAAUAGAGCUUUCAUCCUUGGAAAAGCAGGUUAGAGCUCUGGAAGAAGCUCCUACUGUGCCAAUUGAUAUUUUUAUUCCCCAGAAGACAAGAGUGCUGAUGAUAACUGGCCCUAAUACUGGUGGUAAAACUAUAUGUUUAAAGACAGUUGGAUUGGCUGCAAUGAUGGCAAAAUCAGGUCUUUAUGUUUUAUCUUCAGAAUCUGCAAAAAUUCCUUGGUUUGAUAGUGUUUUUGCUGAUAUUGGUGAUGAGCAGUCCUUGUCUCAAUCAUUGUCUACAUUCUCUGGCCACCUGAAACAAAUUAGUGUAGAGCACAACCAAUUUCUUGGAGAGUUCAAAAUGUCUGGCUUGCUUCAGUGUGAAUAUUCAGCAUUUUGCACCAGCAAAGUGAUCUUCAUAGACCUCAAGCUGGUUCACAUCAUUCCUAAGAUCGAUCACUUGGAAAUCCAGUCACAGUCCACAAGUCAAUCACUGGUGCUACUAGAUGAAGUUGGUGCAGGAACAAAUCCCCUUGAAGGAGCAGCACUUGGAAUGUCUCUACUAGAAUCUUUUGCUGAAAGUGGCGCAUUGUUGACAAUGGCUACAACGCAUCAUGGUGAACUUAAAACUUUGAAAUACAGCAGUAAUGAUACCUUUGAAAAUGCUUGUAUGGAGUUUGAUGAAGAGAAUUUGAAGCCAACUUACAAGAUUCUCUGGGGAGUACCAGGUCGUUCAAAUGCAAUCAAUAUAGCUGAAAGAUUGGGAGUACCCCGUAUAGUUGUUGAUAAUGCUCGCGAGCUAUAUGGUGCUGCUAGUGCUGAGAUUGAUGAGGUAAUAAUAGAUAUGGAAAUAUUCAAGCAAAAUUUUCAAGAGCUUAUCAAUGAGUCUCGGCAUUAUCUGAUGCUGUCAAGAGGUCUUCAUGAAAGGCUAUUGCUCACUAGAAGAAAGCUCAGGGAUCUUGGUGCUGAUCAAAGAUCUAAGAAGAUGCAAGAACUAUCUGAGGCUGCUGCGGUAGCUCGAUCUAUCCUCCACAAAAAGGCACGGCAGUUUCGUAUGUCCCCAAUGGAACAAUCUCAACUCAGUAAAGCUAGCAAGCUUACACUAGAAAGUAAUUACAAGCAUGCUACAGCAGUUGAAACUGAGCAGCAGGCUACCAGUAUGAGUUCAUCCUCUAUUCAAGUUAUCAAACAACCAAAAUCAGAAAAACUUACUGAGCUUCCUGAGGUUGGUGAUACAGUGCUUGUUUCAUCCCUUGGCAAGAAAGCAACCGUUUUAAGAGUAGACGCAUAUAAAGAAGAAAUAGUAGUUCAAGCCGGAAACAUGAAACUUAAGUUAAAAUUAAUCGAUGUUAGGGCAUGAAUGGUAAGAAUAGUAUGAUUAUGGGCACCUUUUUACUUGAUGCUGUUUCAUUGAUAUUUAGUAUAGCAUCCGCACUUGUCUAAUCUUUUCUUUCAUAAUUCUUUAUACAAUAGUAUAGUGCAUAGAGAAAUCAUUUAUUGAAGAGAAUUGAAUGUAAGAAUAUAUCGUUAUCAGAUUUAGUUUCUUUGUUUUAUAUGGAAUCCCCAAAACAAAGGUGCGUCCUCCAACUAUUUGACUCUCCACUAGGUUUGCUCUGUUGCCUAUACUGGUCUUGCUUGCAUGCUUAUUUUCAAAUGCAGAAACAAUGGCAUAGUAAAGUUGCUGAAUAUAGUGGAUGUAAGAGUGACAAAGUAUCUCUUGCCUGCAAUUGUUGCAUGAGGUGGUGUGCAUUAUGUAGGAAAGUGUUAUUCACGCAUGGCAACCAUUUAGAAAUUGGAAGGUGGAAUGACAUUGAAGAUCAUCAUUGUCCAGCCAGCUUCAUGAAAAGAAAGAACCAUUUGUAAAUAUUUGGCUGUAAAUAUCUUGAAGCUGAAUUUUGGAAUUUCAAGAAAAUUAAUCACAAGUUUUUUCAACAACUAAGCAGUCAAGUGAAGACUCUAUACCCUAUAAAAUAUCCUUAGCAGCUCAGAUCAGCAUAGUAAAGAGAGACUCAAUCUAUUUGUGUGAUUAAAAUCAUUAUCUUGAAGCCAAAGAAGCUAUCUCUUAGUUGAAGUUUGUUGUUUAGUCUCAAUUUGCUUAUAGCUUGAUUAAUUGAAAAUGUAAACAUUAAUACCUUAGCAGUGCAAGAAUUGGGUUACUGGUGUAUAUUUUCUGUUCUUCUAAGAGGUAGAUACGGAUUUUUACUAGCUUUUGUCUGUAGAAAUAUUUAAGUUUCCAUUGGCAGUAAUUGAUAUUCUUCUCAUUGAGCAACUGUGACUUUUGCAGCAGAAUGGAUUGAAAGAGUUUUAAGUAUAUUUGUGGCAAAAUUAUUUGUUCUUAAUUUUAUUUUGAGAAAAUAAAGCUAGAUGCACCAGAGUUUGGAAAGAUGAAGGCGGGGGGGGUUGGAAUUAUCAAUUAUGCUCAUUAGUCACGGAUGUAUAAAUGGAAACUCAUGAUGAUCAUUGUGGUGUGAAUAGAUACUUUUUGGAAUUAUUAUGUUAGAUAUG